AUACUGGAUUACUAUUUCUAAAAUAUAUAUUAACUCAUAUUGAUUGCAACAACACUGCGAUUAUUAUUCACUAUUUACAGAGGAGGAAAUCAAGAUCUGGAGAGUUUAUUUUUAAAAUCUUAUUGAGAAUUUUCUGGGUGGUAGACAAUAAAGGCAUGAAAGAUAUAGCUAUGAUAAAAUCAACAUGGAUUCUGUGCUCAUGGGUCUUAAAUCCAGUAAAGGAAACAGGAUUUAAAUAUGUUAUACUACCAACUAUAACAAAUGCUAUGAAGAAAAGGGUGCAAUCAUAAAUAACAGUAUGGUAUAAUUUAGAUUGUAAGGUGAGGAAAGCCUUCUCUGAGGAAGGGAUUUUGAAGCUGAAAUCACAAGGAUGAUCGGGAGUUACCCAGGCAAAAAGUAAAAGAAAGAAGGCUGGGCAUCACUUUAGAAAGAUUUUAGGUGGGAGACAGGCUAACCCAUUCCAACAAUGGAUAGAGGGGAAAGUGACAUGAGGCAAACCUAGGCAGGAAAACAGGGAACACAUAUGGGGUCAUGUUAAAGUACUACCUGACUUGCCCAACGUCACACAAAUAGAAAGUGGCCUUGCUGAGACUAGAAGUUUCUUAAUUUCUAUUCUGCUGGUUUUUCCACUCUGCUACUAUACUGUCUUUUUACAAAUGAGUGAACAAAGAUACUCUCCUAUUUUGAAUUCAUAUUUUCAGAUGACGGCCUUUAAAAAGCAACAAUAUAGUAGUGAUUUAUCAAAAUUGAUUGUUGGCUAAAUCAGUAUCUUAAUAGUGGGUUUUUUACAUUCAUUACAUUAAUUAGAAUUUUAGCUAUACUAAGAUUUACUGGAGAGACACAGAGUGUGACCCGCUCCCCCAGGGCCCUGCAGGCCCUUCGGCCGCGGGCCGGUGGGUGAGCUGGAGGUCCCUAGAACAGGCCGCGCCCUCUGCCCUGCAGACACCUGAGGCCUCCGCUGUGGCUGCCCACUGGCCGGACCCAGGCCUUGAAGCCGCGGCGAACCUCUCUUCCCCACCCCACCUCGGUGACUGAUGGCAGUGGCGGCUAGUCCCAGCCAGGACCCCACCCAACGCCGGGUCUCCCAGCCCAAGCCUGCCGGGCCGGCCAAGCUGCUGGGACACAGCGCCUUUGGGUGGCGGCAGGAGUGGCGGGCCCGGAAGCAUGGCAGCCACCCAAACGCCGGGCGGUGGAAGCCGUUAGGGCGUGGAGGAACCAGAAGGCGGCCUAGGGACCCACCCAGGCUCAGCUGUUGCUUCAGGCCACGGAACCCUGUAGAUCCAGAAACCCGGGCGACUGCUCUGUCACCACUGGGCGAGACCUACCUAGACAAAGGCCUUAAUGUACGGACAAAGGCCUUAAGGGGCCUGGGAGGAAGUCAUACAAAAUAAAUGUUUUCUGGAGAUGACUUUUGGAAAUGGAGUUGUUAGACAGCCUCUGGAAGCGAUACCUCCAUGUUUGUUCAGUGGGUUAGGUGACAUGGAGCUGGAAGACCUGAGAAGGAAGAGAAGAAGGUUCUAUGACAGACUGGUCAUAUUUAGAAGACAUUUUCAUAUUCUAUCCAUUAUUCCUCACUACUGUAUAUAUAGUUGACAUUGCUAAGCUUUUUUGAAAUGUCUAUUUUUUUAGAUGUUCUGAAGUGCCUGAUAUAUGUUAAAAUUAAAGGUAAUAAAAUCACAUUUUGUAAAUAUCUUUUUGUUACAAUUCAUAGAAAAUGUUGCUUUGGUGGGGAAUGGCCAAAUCACCUGUUGAGUAUGUGUUUGUGCACUAGCUCAGGGGAGGGAAGGGGGGAAGUGCAGAGAGCUCUAUGCCACCCUGCCUACAGCCAGGCAAGAUGAAUCAUCUCUUUCUGUGCAUUUUGUUUUACUUAUCUGUGUAUAUAGUGUACAUAAAGGACAAAUGAGUCCUAAUUUACAACAUCUAGUUUUUCUAGAUGUUAAGGAGGUUGCCAGUGUAUGACAAAAGUAGAGUUAGUAAACUAAUAUAUUUUGUACAUUUUGUUUGACAAGUCCUAGGAAAGAUUGCCCUCUAAAGAUUUGAGCAUUCUUGCCCACUGGGUUGAUGGAGAUAGGAAGGGUUCUAGGCCAGAACGUUCAUAUUUGGAAGAUUCUUUCAAAUUAUAACUGUUGUUACAUGUUUGCAGUUUGUUCAAGACUGCUUUGUACAUAGUGGACAAAUUAACUCCUUACUUGAAACAUCUAUUCUAUCUAGAUGUUUAGAAGUGCCUGAUGAAUGUUAAAUGUAGCAUUAGUAAAAUACCAUUUUGUAAAUAUCUUUUUGCUAAAAUUCAUAGGAAAUACUAUCUUUUGGAAAUUGAAUCGUGAAGCCACCUUUGUGAGAAGUAUAGUGCUGUCUAUACUUAUUCAGUGGUUUACAGGAGGUAGGAGGGAAGAAAUUGCAAAAGGUAAUACGCUGGUGUGUUCAUAGUUGGACGUUUUCAGACACCAUUUUUCUGUAUCUUUUGUGCAUU